CACAUUGCAUCGUCAGUUCAGAGUUCACGCAGGCUAGGUGCUGCCUUCCGCCCUCGCGAAAGCAGUUGAGCACUUGACAGUCGCAUUCUCAAGUUACACGCAUCGCGUCGCUCGAGUAGUAGCGGGUUAGCUUCGAAGUUCCCGUCUAGGUCGGCAUGGCCAAGAAAGAAGAGUGUGAAACGUUUCAGACGACCAGUUUCAACGUAGACUUCCCCUCCCCCCCCCCGAAACGCCUAUGCAUUCGAUCAUCAGAAGCGUUAUUCGGUAGUAAAGCUUGGACGAGGACGCAACCCCUUGUCGACCUCAACGCGCUUCCAUGCGAAGCGGCGAUCCCCCCCAUGUCGACAACGUCCGUCCCAUCGCUCGGCGAUCUCGGAGAAGACUUGUUACUCCACAUCUUGCAACUCGCGCAGCCCACGGCGUGGGACCUCUCUCGUUUCGCGUGCGUGAACCGCUCGUGGCGAAACCUCUGUUACAACCCGAUUUUCUGGACUAAGCUUCGCAUCGGCCCGGGGAGCAUGCGAGCCGGUGUGGAGCAGCUCGCAUCGCGAUGCGCGCAUUUGACGGAACUGCACAUCGACGACCCGCGGUGCGAGCUACACGUGCUGCACCCGAUCAUCAUGGCGUGCGGCCCGUCGCUUCGCCGCGUUGUCAUCGACUGCGAUCGCGAUGACACGAGCCGCAACGAGGCGUCAAUCUGCAGCGUGCUCUGGAUAGUAAGUCUUUACUGUCUUAACGUCGAAAGCGUCGAGCUCGUAUCCAACGGCGAAAAGGGGAACUUCAACUACCUCGAAAAUAAAGCCAUGUGGUACCUAACGUCGGGAUUCCGCCGAGUUCGCAGUUUCGCAUGCCUGUGCAAAAACAGCCUGACGAAACAGGCAAUUUAUCUGAUGGUUAUCGCUUGGCGAGAACUCGCGUAUUUGCGAAUCCACUGUGGCGCGCUCGCGAAAGACGACCUGAUGGCCUUGCGAAAGUGUUACGCGUUGCGAGUGCUGGAGCUGAUCGGCGGAAACCUUCGCCAGCUUUUUGGCGAAAACAGUGUGGCGACAGAUGCAGUUAUGCACCGGGACCUGAAUACCAUCGCGUUGACGAACAUGGUGUGCGACGUUGACGACAUUGCGAAAUUAUCGAUGCUUCUGCCGAGCCUACAGCGGAUCAUCAUUCGAAAGUCCUCCCUAGCGACCUCCGCGGGUGACGACGUCGCGACGAAGGCAAGAGCUGUCGCAAGCCUUCGCGAAUGGCUCGCAGCGCGCAAGAACAUUAUGCUGGUCAUCGACGAGUGAAGAGCAGCGGCGCUACUUAUUACUCUCGCGCAACGCACUGUCCCUACUAAGAAACAGUCCCAAGAGGUUGUAGAGACGGCUUCGACAUUGCAGGCGACACAGACUAGCUGAGGUAGCCAAAACGGUGGCUGAUGAUUUGACAGGCAGACUGUGGUGGGUGCAGCUCGACUGCCUGCCGAGGUCGGUGGAAAAUAGAAAGUUCUGCAACUUCUGUAUACUCGUCUGUAUCUAUUCUUUGGAGGCAUUAACCUCCGGUACCAAAUUAUA